AUGAAGUCCAGCUUCAAGUGGAUCUGCUCGUUUCUGGCAAUUUUCAGUGUGAAAUACAUCACGUGUGAUAGUUUGCCGUGUGAUUUCAUCGAUUCCGUUAACAUCACCGAUGGGGUUCGUGACAGUUGGGGAAAUAUCAUCCACAACAAAAUUCUUUACAGACCCAAGUAUUAUCGGACAAUCGAUUACGACUAUGAGCACUUUUCGCAGAAAAAGUCCGUAACCAACUAUAUCCGUGGAUGUCCGUGUGCGGUUCGGCUGUGCGUGAGAAUGUGCUGUCCUCAGGGAUACGUUUUUCACCGGCCAAAAUGUGUACCGUCUGAUGAACCGCUAGAGGUACGCGUCAAUACGUCCCUGUACAACACGGAACGUAACUUCGAAGUGGUGGAUUUGGCGCAAAACCAUAUGUAUGGAUUCCUGUAUGGUGAACCGUGCAAGGAUUUCUAUGAGCUGGAACCGUCGGCGAACGAAGCGGAUGAGUGGUCAUUUGCGAGAAAUGGCAGCAUCAUUCACGAUACUAAAUUAUUGACAAGGAACCAGUAUUGCUUCAUGCAAACGAAUGAUUUGGAACCUGUGGUGUCUUUUAUUUGCUUCGAGUCGGGAGAGGAUAUUAAAUACGCUUUGUACCCUAUCGGUAUGCUUCUGUCGGUACCGUUUUUGCUCAUCACCUUCUUCGUUUAUGCGUGUAUCCCGGAGUUGCGAGAUAUGCAUGGAAAAUCAAAGAUGUGUUACGUGUUCGGUUUGAUCGUAGGAUACACGGUCCUGUCGUUGGUUCAGAUGGGAUUAUUUGUGGGCAAUACCAUACCCUGCAAGGUGGCCGGCUACAUGGUAUAUUUUGCGUUUAUGGUCAGCUUCUUCUGGCUUAACGUCAUGUCAUUCGACAUCUACUGGACUUUUAGAGAAAUACGAGCUGUCCUGACCAACUCGCGAAAGAAGUUCGCUCUGUAUUCCCUGUACGCUUGGGGCUGCCCAGUACUGAUUGUCACGCUGGCCCUGGUCAUGGAUUACACCGAGCUGGUACCGGCCAACUUUCGACCGCAAGUGGGCGUGAAGCGGUGCCUGCUACAAGAAGACAAAUAUGUGGAAUUUCUGUACCUCUACUUACCGAUGUUGCUGCUGGUGUUUGCAAAUGUAAUGUUUUUCGUGGUAACUGCCAUACGGAUAAUAUCAAUUCAGCAAGAGGUUUCGACGGUUAUGCGUGGGGAUUCUGGGCGUCAUUCCAAACUGUAUAACGAUCGGGAUAGAUUCUGUCUCUAUUUGCGUCUGUUUAUCAUGAUGGGUAUCACCUGGUCACUGGAGGUGAUUUCCUGGGUCGUAGACAACGAGGCAUGGAUUUUCUACAUCUCGGACGUAUGCAAUUGCAUCCAGGGCUUUCUGAUCUUUAUGCUAUUCGUUAGGAAGCAGCAAGUGAUGCAAGUAAUCUACAAAAAGUAUGGAAUACCCAUCGCAUAA